ACCUAGACUCCUUAAGGACAUAAAUAAGCAUGCGCAGCAGGUCGACACCUCACCGGACAUCAACUCUUCAUUCCCCUGCCUCUCACAGCCUUGGCCGGAUAAUCUAGCAUUAUACGAGAAAUCGAUAACACUCAUGUCUCUUCUUAAUUUUCGUAAACAGGUACCUACGCCAGCAUGUCUUCGAAAAAGACAAAAUUCAGACGAGAAAGAAAUAGGAACGGAAGAUAUUGGGAGUUGAUUGAAUCCCAGUGUGCCCAAGAGGGAAAAAAGUACAAGGGAAGGAGGAAGGAGAAAGCGAAAUUGAUGUUUUCAAACAAAUCCCGACCAAACUCAGCCCCCCACCCACUUCCCUUUCGCUCGCUCGUUUCGAAACACCACACUACCCACACACAAACAUACCCAUAA